AUGUCGUUGACUUUUGAUAAAGAUAUACUCGAUGAAGAUGAAGAAACACUAUUGUCUUAUGGUGUAGAAGAAGGUUCUCGGUUGGAAUUAUCUGAUCUCAAUAUACAAGCCCGAAACUUUGGUGCUGUCGGACUGAGAUUUGUCAAUGUUAGCAAUAGUACAGACUUAAAACGACGUGAUUGGUCUAAAGAUGCUCCACGCUGGCGAAGAACGCGUUGCGGCUUAUGUCUUGAAGGUCAAUGCACCAAUUCUAAGUGCGACGCUUACAAGCACACUGUUAUUAUGCCAAUGGGUUAUACAAAAUUCGAUAUUCUAGUCGAUCCCAGUGAUACCAAAACUGUGUGUCCACUAUGCAAAAAUUAUGUUCAACCAACAAAUUGUGGUUUUAAUAAUUGUUGGUGGAAGUUCUAUGGAAAAAAGCAGAACGAAGGUAAUGAUAAAACACCGCCACAAAACUGUUCGAGCGAUUGGAAUCAAGUCGAUGAUGCAUAUCAUUAUUUUGAUCAACUCAAGAGUGGCAUGGUGAUCUGGAGGCAACUUGUAGUUGAAGCUGUCAAAAAGAAACCUGUUCAAUGA